UUAUCAUACAUGCGGCAACGCUCCGACCCGCCAGCCAACACGUGUGCGAGGACGGGUGACCAGCGGCAGGCACGUCUUAUUUACUCGCUUACACCUUUAAAACGAGUAAGACGAGGCGCCGGGAGGAUAAGGGUGCACACAGGGGGGUGGAGGUCAAAAGAAGGGCGUGUGUGGCAGCCAGCGAGUCAAGAUAUAGAGCCACGAGUCCUCCAGCAGUGCCAUGAAGUUUACGUACCGGUUUUCCAACCUGCUGGGCACUGUGUACCGGCUCGGCGACAUCAUCUUCUCUCAUGAUGGCAACACUGUCAUCUGUCCCGUUGGCAACAAGAUCUCCGUGUAUGACCUGCGCAACAACCGCUCCCACACACUGCCCAUCGAAGCCAGGUUCAACUACACCACCCUGGCACUGGCUCCUAACGGCAUCAUACUGAUCGCUGCAGAGGAAGACGGGGAAGUCCACAUCAUUAACUUGAACUUCCGCAACGUCCUUUACCGCAAGCGCUUUGACCGGCCCAUCAAGAGCAUCAAGUUCAGCCCAGACGGGAAACACUUCGCCCUCACCAAGGAAAAUGGAGUGUUUGUGUACGUGGCCCCGGGCUCCAACAAGAGGAUCUUCAACCCAUUUGUGCUGGAGCGAGUGUUCCACGGAUCAUUCGACGACACAACCUGCCUCGACUGGUCCCAUGACUCAAGGCUCAUUGCAGUGGGGUCCCGGGACAUGACCACUCGCAUCUGUGCGCUGACCAAGUUCAAGAACCUGAAGGAAUACCCGAUUGGCGGCCUCAAGGACACAGUUGUGGGAGCCUUCUUUGAGGAGAAGUCUUAUGAUCUGUGUACAGUUAGUGCUGAUGGCCACAUUAACGCCUGGGACUGCAGUGUGGGGUCCGAGGGUCUCGUCCUGGCCAAAGACUUGUUCAAGGCAAAGCCCAAGGGCGCAGACGAGGCCGAGGAUGACAUUCCCGCCCAAGAUGAGGAGGAAAAUGCUGUAAACAAAGAACCAAAAGAUGAAAGUGCCGACUCUGAUCUGCCGAAGGUGUUCUACAGACGGCGCUUCCGUGUGUUCAUGGACCAGCACAUGGGCAAGCGCAAGGUGACCGUCACAGCCGCCCAGUACCACAAGCACAUCCGCAUGUUGGUGGUGGCCUUCGUGACGGGCGACUUCGUGAUGCUGGACAUGAACGACAAGGGUGCCCUCGUGCACUCCCUCAACAUAUCAAAGCAGACCAUCACAAGUGUGGCAAUGAACUCCAGCGGGGACUGGAUAGCGCUGGGCGUCUCCUCCCUGGGCCAGCUGGUGGUAUGGGAGUGGCAGAGUGAAAGCUUCAUCCUUAAGCAGCAGGGUCACUUCAACAACAUGAGGGUCGUGCAGUACUCUCCCGAUGGCCAGAACAUUGCGACUGGUGGUGAAGAUGGGAAGGUCAAGCUUUGGUCAGCGGAGUCGUCCUUCUGCUUCGUGACCUUCUCGGAGCACACAGCGGCGGUGACGGGGCUGGUCUUCACGCAGAGCGGCCGGGCCAUCAUAUCCGCCUCCCUUGACGGCACUGUGCGAGCGUUUGACCUGACCCGCUACAGGAACUUCAAGACCCUGACCUCCACGCGGCCGACACAGUUCUCCUGCGUGACGGUGGACAGCAGCGGCGAACUGGUGGCCGCUGGGAGCCAGGACAGCCACGACGUGUACCUGUGGUCGCUGCAGACGGGGAGGCUGCUGGAGGUGCUGGCCGGACACGAGGGUCCCGUGGUGAGUGUUCAGUUCUCCAGCCAGCCGGGCAGCACCCUCAUGGUGUCCACCGGCUGGGACGGCACCAUCAAGGUGUGGGACGCUAUAUCCAACACCACAGCGAGGGAGUCCAUCUCUCUCUCAGCAGAUGGUCUGUGUGUGUGUAUUCGUCCUGACGGGAAGCAGAUUGCCGUGGCCACCAUGGACGGCCAGAUCACAACGUUCAACCCCACCACGGGGCAGCAGGAAGGCAGCAUAUCAGGGCGGAACGACUUGGGCGCCGGGAGGGGCGAUACUGACAAGGUGACGGCCAAGAAGAACCUCCAGGCAAAGUCCUUCACUAGUAUAUGCUACAGCUCUGACGGGAAGUGCCUCCUUGCCGGGGGUCAGAGCAAGAACGUCUGUAUCUACAGCAUUGAAGAUGAACUCCUGGUGAAGAAGUUUGAGAUUACACAGAACAGAUCCUUCGAUGCCAUGGAUGACAUUAUUAACAGGAAGAAGAUGGCAGAGAACGGCGUGAACCUUGCGCUGGUGGAGGAGAGGGACGGCGAGGGGGGCAAGGUGGCCAUCAAGCUGCCCGGCACACGUCAGGGAGACAUGUCCCGCCGAGCCUUCAAGCCGGAGGUGCGGGUUACCUCACUCACCUUCUCCCCGACCGGGAGGAGUUGGGCGGCCAGCACCAGCGAGGGCCUCCUGGUCUAUUCCCUUGACACAGACUGGCUCUUCGACCCUCUGGACCUGGACUUCUCCAACACUCCCUCGGCCGUCAAACAGAAAUUGAAGGAGAAGGAUUAUGCAACAGCGCUGAUGAUGGCCAUACGGUUGAACAUGAACUCCCUGAAGCAAGAGGUCAUAGAAACAAUACCUGUACAGUCAAUUGAGGUGGUGGUGAGCAACCUGACUCAGCUGUACGUGGAGGGUGUCCUCACUUUCCUUGCCGAAGCCCUGGAGUCCACACGUCACCUUGGCCUGUACAGUCAGUGGGCCACGGCGCUGGUCACCUGCCACGGCCACAGCCUCAAGACGCGCUCCCCCCACAUCACGACGACACUCAACGCCUUGCAGAAAGCUAUUGUUCAGCACCACACUAACCUGACCAAGGUAUGCAGUCACAACGAAUACAUGUUGAGCUACCUCCUGUCACAAGCCACCCUGAGGAAGAGGCGGAAACACAACAACACUGCCAGAGAAGAGCAGAACCAGGAAGACUCUCAAGUGGUGCCAUGUGAGGAGGAGGAAAUGCAAGACUUGUUUGACGAUGACAUUGACUUCUGAUAAAGACACAAAACUAUGUACAGUCACGGACACAAAUAUUCCUCCACCGCACCCUAAACUCGUGACCCCAUAGCCCCUUUCCCUGCAACAAGUUCUCUCCUCCCACCAUUAGUGUAACCCAAAAGUGCAUAUUUUAUCACUUAUGAAUUUUACAUCUACAAUAAUUAUUUUACGUAUAUCCUAUUAGUCAACCGUUAUACAGUUAUUUGGCGCCAUCUCUACUUCUCUUUUUUUCAAUCAACCCCUUUAUAUUCUUUUAUGGGGUUGGAUAGGCUAUGAAUCUCUCCCACUUUUGACGAUCGUAUACUCUUUCCUCCCUAAUGUUCAUCCUUCAGCGCUAUAUGACCAUGGUAGCUACGCCGCCAUGAUAGAAUGCCCCAAUCAAUCAGUUAAUCUCCUCCCACACUAGCUCAUUCUCAACUCUCCUCCCUCCUAAUCUACGUCCCUUGCCACACAGAAAGAGGAUACCGAGUCACAGGUUUAAGAGUGCGGUGAACCAAUAUUUUUGUCCAUGACUGUACAUACACACACACAGCAUAGGAACUCUUCAUAAGAACAAGGAGUCUGGUCAAUGUAUAAAGCCAAAGAAAUACUGCUGUGACAAAAAGCCAUAAUUGAAGCAGAUGAUUGGAAGAAUCGCUAGAAAAACAUCCUGCACGGCGCCUCAUCCUUUGAGCGUUGACGAGACUAACAGACCACAGCACACCAGAAACCGAGUCACCUGAUGUUCUCGAAGGUUACACUCCUCCAAGCUCCUGCUCCCUCCAUCCCUCCCUUCUCUGCAACUCCCACAUGCCAGUAAAUUGCUCUUCCUAAAGGUGUGGUCUACUCUGGCAUCACAAUCCCUCUAAUAAGCCUGGAUGAAGAGAUCAUUGCAUAGAGUAGAAGGGGACAAUCCAGCCAUCAGUCACACUUCAGGAGCUGUCUGAUGGAAAAGUAAAGAAGUUUAUCAUCUAAGGAAAGCAGG